AGUGUUUUAAGUGGUCUGUGCAUGUGUGUGGAGUGCCUUGUGAGUGUUAGGGUAUGAUUUUGGUGUGUGCUGGGUGUUUUUAAGUGGUCUGUGCAUGUGUGUGGAGUGUCUUGGGAGUGUGUGGGGAUGAUUUUGGUUUGUGCAUGAUUUCAGGGCACUGUCCCCAAGAAACCGUCCAGUGCGCUCGCCUCAAUUCCCGGCCUCCCCUUCGCAGCUCCUCCACCCGCCUGAUUUGACGUCACAUAAAAUGACAAAUGUCCGCAGAAAACGACACGCCGAUUUAUUUGAAGUGAAGGACAGAGAUUAAAACGGCCUUGAAAAACACCACACCUGUUUUGUCCACCGCCAUCACCACCUUCUCCCAGAUCAAGGACAAACUGUAUUACAGACUCACACAUAAGGAAGAGGUGCGUGUGAGUGUGUUUGGGUGUGUUUGGAUGCGUUUGGGUGUGUUUUGGGUCUGUUUGGGUGUGUUUUGAGGUGUUUAGAGUGUGUUUGGUAUGUUUUGGGGUUCUUGGGUGCAUUUGAGGUGUGUUUUGGAUGUGUUUUGAGUGUGUUUAGAUGUGUUUUGGCAUGUUUGGGUGUGUUUCAGUGUGUUUGGGUGUGUUUGAGUGUGUUUGGGUGUGUUUUGAGUGUGUUUCAUGUGUUUUUGAUACAUUUGAAUGUGUUUUUGGAUAUUAUAAGUGUUUGGGUGCAAUUUUGGGUGUGGUUCAGCGUGUGUUAUGAUGCUAAUGUAUUUUAAGCUAACCUGCCACCCAAGACUCUCUCUCUCUCUCUCUCUCUCUCUCUCUCUCUCUCUCUCUCUCUCUCUCUCUCUCUCUCUCUCUCUCUCUCUCUCUCUCUCUUUCGUGGUGACAACACGUACCUGCGCUUGGCUCCUGAUCGACUGCUUGCCAUACCACCUGUACAUUUUUUUUACCAGCCAGUUUUUCAUACUGGCUGCUCCAGGUAUGCACCAACUCUGAUGCUAUAGCCAUGACAGUAUAAAAAGCCAGUAAAUGGAGGAAAACAACUGAAAAUAUGUGGUAAACUGUACCUCGACUAGCCCUACACUGACGUCAUCGCAAUAACAACUGUCCGUUGCAUCACACUCCCACAAGUUUUAGUUGAUAUAGACAGUGUUGUGGCAUUUUUCUGCUGUGUAUUGAUAUCCUACAGCACAAGAUUUCAAGAUGACUAGGACAAGGACACAGCAGAGCCAGGCAACUGGACGGAGUGCUCAACAAGAGAAGUCCUCCACACCUGUACUUGACCAGGCAGAGGAGCAGGACACACCAAUGACCGCUGCACAAACUACAACACAAAAUCUACCAAUACCUCAGAAAACCCCCUUCCACACCAGUGCUACACCUUCUGACAUCUUGGACCUAAUCACUGAUGAAACUGAAACCAUCUCAGAGGAAGGUAAAAUUAUUGUCAAUACUAUUAUCAAGGCAAUGCAGCUAAUAAAUAAUCAGAAAGAUGAAAAAAUUUCCCAACUUGAAAGUCAUGUUAAACAACUUGAAAAUAGGGUAACAGAACUUGAGAAUCAAGUGGAUGAAGUUAAUCAAUAUGAGAGAAGGGACACUGUCAUUAUUAGUGGUCCUGAUCUACCGAAGGAACAGCAAAAUGAAAAUUGUGUAGAUGUGAUCCAUCAGAGAUAAACUUUGCAUAAAUAUAAAUAACACUGACAUUAAUGUUGCCCAUAGACUAGGCGCAAAGAAAUCACAGAAUGAUUCCAGGCCAAUCAUUGUCAAACUCCAGAGCAGACAAACAAAAUACACUAUUAUGAAUGCAUGUAUAACAGUUAAGCCUGAGCUAUAUAUUAAUGAAAGCUUAACCACAAAACGCCGAUCAUUAUUCAAGAUAAUAUGGGAUAUAAGGAAACAACACAGAGAUAAAUUUCAACAAUGUUAUACAAAUGAUGGGAAAAUUGUUGUGAAAUUAAAGCACUCUCAACGGAAACACAUAAUCACAAAUGAUGUAGGUCUUACACAUUUUCUUGAUAGUUAUCCACUACUAAAAACAUCUCCGUACCCACAGGUGUAAACCUUGCAACUGUAGCUACCCUAACUUCACAACUAUAAUUUGCAUCAGUGUCCUAUGUUGUUUUAUUUUACUAAUAGUAUUUUUCUAUUUGUUACAGCUCCUUGUAAUGGAUUCAGUGUAACAAAUAUUAUUAUUGCCUAUCAUUAUUACAUAUAUAAUUACAUGUACUACUAUUGCUACUACUACCACUACCAGUGUCCUAUGCUGUUUUGCUUAACUAAUAUUAUUUAUUAGUUUUGUUACAGCUCCUUCUAUUAGUUUGUGUAACAAAUGUUGUUAUUGCUACCAUUAUUACAUAUAUGAUUACAUGCACUACUAUUGCUACUACUACCACUGCCAGUGUUCUAUGCUGUUUUCUUUAACUAAUAGUUAAUAUUAUUUAUAUUAUUUAUUACAGCUCCAUUUAUUAGUUUCAGUGUCACAAAUAUUAUUAUUGCUACCAUUAUUACAUACAUUAUUGCAUAUACUACUAUUGCUACUACUUCCACUACCAGAGUCCUAUGCUGUUUUGCUUAACUAAUACUACUCUUUCAUUUGUUACAGUUCCUCUUAUUAGUUUCAGUCUAACAAUUUUUUUUUUUUUUUUUUUUUUUUUUACUACCAUUAAUACAUGCAUUAUUA